AUGGCCUCUUCUGCUUUGGACGCCUUAGUCGCCUGCGCUAAAGCUAUUCAAGACGAGAAUCUGACUCUUGCCGACUCACUCCUGGAGCGGAUCUGGAAUCUUGCUGCCGACCAAUCCUGCCCGGAAAGAAGCGAUGUUGUGAAAUACUUUGCGGAAGCUCUAGUUCGCCGAGCUUACGGAAUUUCUUCUGCCAGUGCCUAUUUCACUUUGCUGACUCCUUCACCCAUUAAUUUCCUUCAUAAUUUUUCCUGCGAUGCCAUCAACACUGCCUGUAUGGGAAAGAAACGAUUGCACCUCAUUACCUUCUUAUUCCGACCUUUAUGUUAUUGGAGAUACUUGUUUAGAUCACUAGCUAAUGCUUCCGGUGAUUUUCUAUCAGUCCGUGUAAGUGUCAUAGUAUCACCAUUUCUGGAAAAAAUAGUAAAAUUCCAACAAGAAAAAAGUAAGCACGAUCUCACUACGGCGGCCAUGGAACGUGGAAUUAAGUUGGAGGACUUGAGAGUGGUUUAUGCCAAUAGUUUGGGUGAUGUGGAUGCGUCUAAGGCGGAUUUCACAAGGACAACGGAUGAGGCCGUAAUCGUCUAUUAUCACUGUAAACUUCACCAGUUGCUGGCAGAUGCAAGAGUAAUGGAGAGAGAGUUGUUAAAGUUGAGGCAGAUAAACCCAGAGAUUGUGAUUAUAGAAGAGCAAUAUGCUGACCAUAAUGACUCCAAUUUCAUCAAACGGUUGGAGAAAUCUUUUCAAUAUUACUUCAAUUUUUUGGAAUUUUACGAAUUCAUGUAUUGUAGACCACAGAUAGUAAACAUCGUGGGAUGUGAAGGGACAGACCGACUUGAGCGACACCAGACUUUGGCUCAAUGGCGAUCCCUCUUGCGAGCGAAUGGCCUUCUUCCAGUUCCACUGGCGCCGGAUAUCGGGUCUGGGGACAUUGAGGAUAAUGGGUGUGUGGUUUUUCAAAACGACGAUGGCCUAUUGCAUUUCACAUCGGCUUGGAAACUCACAGAUGCGGUGGACCACUUCAAUCCAAUCAGCUAUAACCCUAUCCAAGGUUUCAAUCCAAAUCCUGCAUUAGAAGAUACAGUUCGAACUUUACAAGUUGACCGACAGGAUCCAGAGUCUCUUACUGCUUCUAGACAAAAGAUGCCAAUAGCGAGGCGUCCUCAUUGA